UAUCAUGUUUGGCUGAAUGUAAAGUUUGAAGUUCUGUUGACAGUUUAAACAAGAAGAUGCCUGCCUCCGGUAAUAGCCGGAGCGUCGGUCCAGGUUCCGACAAGGUGGGCCUGUACCGCAAUAAAACGCCCGAGCGUGUGGGUGCGCGUGCCUUGACGCCUAGUCUCGCAGCGCCCGGCCUCCUGUCCUCCCGUCCACAGACCGCACCAGGCAGGAGUAAAGAUAGUAAAGGGAAGAAGGCUUCGAAGUUCAGUCGGCUGCACCAGCCCGACGAGGUUGUCGAAGAUGAGCAUUUCAGUGUGAUUACGAAGCGAUUAGGCGACCGUCCGCCGGAGCUGCUCGGGGCCGCACGGGACGACGAAGACGGCCAGGUGAAGGCGCUGCCGUGGCUGCCCCACGACCCCUCGUCGAAGCUGGUCACGCAACUGGAGCCGGAUUUUCUCUUUCGCGGCGAGGCGAGCACGCACCUGAUGAGCGAUUUAAAGCUGUUUCUGGAGAAGGACAGCGACUGGCGGGAAAAUUUGGUCAAGUUCACACACUUCUACAUCACGGGCUCCUGGCACGCGAGUGCGGUCAGGCGGUACAUCCAGGACGUCGAGCAGAAUCGGCGCCCCUUGCCCGAAAACAAAAACCAGCUUCCAGUGCAGGUUCCCUUCGACGCGAUUUCCCUAGCGAAGUUCAGCACCGCGAAGGAGAAAAUCAAGGUGAAAGACAGUGACAGCACCUUGCUCAGCGGGUACUGCUGGGACCCGCAGGAGAUUGUCACGCAGGACCUGGAAGAAUUUGUCACGGGGCGAUUUUUCACGCCACGGACCAGACAAGAAUUGGAGAAAAAGCUCGGCGAGCACUACCGAGUGCCCGACGUGUUGACCGACGCUUCGGCUGUUUCUCUCCUCCAGGCGAAGAAGCCGAAAAACCUGAAAAGGGACCAAACGGUCGUGCUGGAUUUACUCGCGAC